CCAAGAAAAAAGUACCACAGGCAUACCGUUAACUUCAGAGUUUGACCAUACAACAUGGCGACCUCCAGGGAGCGAGAGGUAGUUGUGAUCACAGGCGUCUCUUACGGUCUCGGUCUCGCCAUGGUCAAAUGGUUCAAUGCUAACGGACACACAGUGAUCGGAUGCGCCCGUUCGCAGGAUAAAAUCGAAAAGAUUAACGAAGAAUUUGCUUCCGGGAAAGAAAAAAGACAAUUCUACGUUGUAGAUAUCUGCAACAAUGAAGCUGUGAAGCAAUGGUCACAGCAAGUUAUGUUAGAUUUCGGUGCUCCAUCCUUAUUGAUAAACAACAGUGGGGUUACAAAUAAAAACGCGAACUUUUGGGAAGUUCCUACAGAGGAAUUUAACAAAGUUGUGGAUAUCAACAUUAAAGGAACAGCUAAUGUUUUGAGACACUUUUUACCGUCUAUGAUCGAGGCAAAGCGAAAAGGUGUCAUUGUGAAUUUUACUUCCGGUUGGGGUCGAUGCGUUGCACCGGAAGUAGCUCCGUACUGUACAACAAAAUGGGCACUGGAGGGUCUGUCCAAAGCUUUAGCAGAGGAGCUUCCAGAGUACCUUACUUGUGUGCCUGUAAACCCUGGAAUUAUCAACACUCCAAUGUUGCAAACAAAUUUUGGUCGUCAGGGUGCUUCAAUGUUUGGCAAUCCAGAGCAGUGGGCAAAAGGAGCCUGCCCAUAUAUACUCUCGAUCAAUCACAGCAUGAACGGUGAGAGUCUCACUUGUGGAUAAACACUAGCUACUUGCCAACUUGGUCAACAUACGGGCCCCUGACCAUAUAGGCCGGUGUUAGACCUUCCUGUGUAGCUGCUUAGACAUUAGCAAAAGCUAAAUUAGGCAAAAUCUAUUUAAGUAUAAGUAAGUAUUAAGUACUUCCUCUGUAUCUGGGGAGCUAAGAAAACCACAGAAGUCACAUGAUUCUAUCUGUGAUAACGAUAUCAUUCCAGCAUAAAACCAUGUUUUGUCCAGAACAUAUCAUUUACAUAAAACAGAAAGAGACACAAUUUAUUUUUCUGGCCAAGAAAAAGCAAGAAGAAAGAAAAAAAGAAGAAAGAAUGAAAUGCCAGCUGUAUAGCACUCAAAAUUGUAGAUGAACCCAGAGCCUUUACGAUGAUAACAUGCUUUCUGUAAAAUGGAAUGGAUAGAGACUGCGGCGAUAUCAGGAAAGACGGAGAUCAAAUCAUGAAAAGGUAGGGUUAACAGUUUUGAAACAAGAAUGUUACUAAAAUACAAGACUCCUGGGAGGAGUCUGGGAGUGAAUAGGUUCGCGGAUCGGCGGAUUCAGCCCCGAAAUGCCCACGGAUUUCGGAUUUUGACGAUUAUUUCAGCGGAUUGCAGAUUUUGGAAAUACGGCGGAUCACGGAUCUGUUGACAAUUUGGGCAAUUUGAUUUUGACUGCUUUGACGGUCGAAUUUCGGAUUUUAAAUUAAUUUCAAUCAGUGCUAUUGUUUAUCUGUCAAACCAUGCGUAUCUAAAAAUAUCUGCAGAUCCACGGAUUUGCCCCGAAAAUGUUGCUGAUCGGCGGAUUUACAUACCCCUAUUCACCCCCCCCCCCACUCCUGGUGAGUGAUGGAUGUAACUGUACCUUAAGAUAUUUUAGGUGUGUAGAAUAUAAGGUUGUGUAAUAUUUUUAGUGAGAAGAGUUUGAUAGGAUGUUGGGCUUGUAAGAUAUUUUUCUGAGGGAGGGAUUUACACCCAUUGAAUACUCUAGUGGUUUGUCCUGAGAAUUUUCUUCAGAAACCUUAAUCAUCACCCUUGACAAUAGGUUUUAUGGGCAUACUGUAUGUAUAUGCACAAGAAAGUGUUAUAUAGAAUUUAAUUUGUAUAAACCUAAUAAUCAAGCUGUAUUAUAAUUUAGAUUUGAACAAAUGGAUCUGUUGGGCAAUGACAUUACAUUGGCAAAGACACUAGAUCACCAUAGGCAACUCAAUAUGUAUUCUUUCUCACCUCGCUGAAUAACGAAUAAAUUAAUUUAUAUAUAUA